AUGAUGAAAUUUUUCUGUGCUAUAGUCGGCAGCGUGUUUCCUAUAGACAUCGAUGUAGGACAGUCUGUAGGGGACCUGGAGAAGGCAAUUAAGGCAGAGAAUCCAGCAACGAUCACAUGUGAUGCUAAGGACCUGCGUCUCUAUCUUGCGAAGAAGGGCACAGGAUGGCUACCAAGUGUGGACCUUGCUGCGAUAGAAGACAGAGAAGCGGUGCCAGGUUUUGAAAAGGUGUCAUUGGUGGAUACAAAGCGUGAGAAAUCCUCGACCUAUUUGAUUCAGAAGGUGUUGGAGAUGAAUGGAAUGCCUUCACCUCAAGCGGAGCAAAUUCACGUGCUGGUGGUGGUUCCAACGGGUGCUUCGACGCCUGAGAAUAAUAGGAAGAGGAAAAGAAUGGAAGAAAAGGACGCUCCGGACGCUUGGAUAAAGACUAUUAAGGACGAGCGGGUUACAACACUACCGUCGACCCGUGAAGCUAUGAAAGACCACCUGCAACGCGCACUUCACGUCAAGAUCCCCGUCAGUGGCAGAUUAUUCCAACUUAUGUCAGCGAGAAACUCAACAGGAGAGAUAUCGAGCGUGCUAGACAAGUUAUUUGAUUCUGAACCGCGUGAAGCAAUUUCAGACAUUACUGGGACAGUUUUGAGGGAAAUUAUCGAUCCUCUUGGAUUCGGUUCCGAGUCGGUGUCUGAACAAACGUAUCAUCACUCGUGGGAUGCCGUCAUUGCGAUGCUGUUGAGGCUUGUUACUGACGGGAUCUUUCGUCGUAACUUGAAUGUGUCCGCUUCUACCGGCGCCUAUCGACCAGAUUUGUGCUUCUAUAGCACAAAUAGUAAUAUUUGCGUGUUUCGCGGUCAAGAAAAAGCAAGAGGCGAGUUGGAUGUGCCGGUGAAGGAAUUGCAUGAGAAACUAAGAUGGAGAUAUGACGAUGCGCCCUACGUUUUCGGUUAUGCUGCUGUGGGACUACUGGUGUGUUUGGUCACUAUUCGAAAAGACGAAAAAAAAGAGACGUGUGCGAAAGCUGAAAAGAUUGAAACGUACAAUUUGGAAAGUCUCAAAGACAGGCUGUCGUUCUUUCUCGCCAUGCUCAACCUUUCGACUCUUUUCAAGCCUGUUGUGGAUCUUAUCCGUCCGCUGGGUAUACCCGAUUACAUCACUUUGUAUAGAAGCAAUGGAGUGCUGAUUAAGUUUGCAGAAGAUUGUGUGGUGAAGACGUACCCCAAGAGCAUGCCGAGUGAUGAAAUAAUCCGUAAUUUGAAGGGAUUGCAUCGUGUAAUGAAGAAUCAUUCAGUCCCGAACAUUGUGGAGCUAAAGAACGCAAACAUGAAGAAAAAGCAUGUGAAGCUGGCACCCAUUGGUCUACUUACCCCGCCUGAAAACUGUAAGCAGCUCCUGAUGGCUCUGCGCGAUAUCCUCAAGGCGCUAGUGGCACUGCACGCAAUCAAUCUGAUGCAUCGAGACUUGAGAUGGGAAAAUGUGAUUAAGUACUCAAUUGAUGGCGACAAGUGGUUUCUUAUUGACUUUGAUGACGGAACAUCAUCGCCGGCUGCGAAAGUAACUCACUUGAAGGCAGAAUCACAUGCUCCCGAAAUACCAUCAUCUUCGUCCCACACGGUCAAGGUUGACAUUUGGAGUGUGGGUUACCUUUUGAUGACAUCUCCCGUCCAAGAUCUUCCGCCUGAAUUGGGAAGAAUAAAAUCACAGUGUUUGCGGAAGAAUCCGUCAAGCAGACCCACGGCUAAAUCACUCCUGACGGCCAUCGAAUCGCUAAUAGAAAGUUGA